AAAUGAUUGUCAUUCAUUAACUUAUCAAGACCUUACUUGUGUGUGUGUGUGUGUAUUUAUAUUUUCCCUCUGAUUAGGCCUGCUGGAAAUCAUAUGGGACCAAUUCUUUAGCUAAGAAUAAGAUACCCUUCGUGUUGCUCUCUCUUGUUCUUGUUCAUAUGAUUUGAGCAUCACAAUGGGUGGAGCAACACACAUUAGUCAAGAUAACUCCAUGAAGGAAAAUGAUGGUUCUGAUCCCCGGCACAGUCAAUGGGUGAUCAUGGAAGAUGGCGACGACACUUGCUACUCUGUAUCCACCAAAUCCUCCUUCGAAGAUUCAACUAGUUCUGUUGCAUCAUCUUCUUCUUCAUUAGACAUUGCAGAUGAUGCAACCUCUUCAAUACUGUCACCAUCGCCUUCAUUCGGUCCGUUGGAUGAAUUGUCUGAGCUCAUGGUCCAACUCCCUAUCAAGAGAGGCCUUUCCAAGUAUUAUCAAGGUAAGGCCCAGUCCUUUGCAUCUCUAGCAAGUGUGAAGAGCCUAGAAGAUCUUAUCAAGAAAGGGAGUCCUCAGAGGAAGAAAAUGAAGUCAUGUAAGAGCUUUGGAGGGGGUUUAGAUGGCCAUAAAUCAUACAGUCCUAAGCCUACAAUAUCAAAGAAGGCUUCAAAUGUAUCUUUCUUUUCUUCACUAGGUAAGUAAGUGGCGGUAGUCAGUCUUCUAGUAUAUGUACCAAGAACCGAUGGGUAAAAACCUAUUAGGGCUUGCGAACUUGGUCGGUUUCUAUCGCAAGCCAUAUGUAUAAAAGUAUUUGUGAUGAUAAAAGGAUUCACAAUAUCACUAA